UACAUUGAAAAUGUAAUCUAUAAAAUGUCUCGUUCGCAGCAGUGUGUAUUGGUUUGGUAUGGGGACACUUUCGAUCCGGAUCUCAUUCACUCCAUUUUCAAGCUUAUCUGGAAGAGAACAAGUGCUAGGGAUGAGGACACCCCUCUCAUCGACGUCGAGGCAGAUGGUGGCACAUCAAAAAGAGCUCGACCUUUGCUACUUGCUAAUGCAGGAGCUCUAAAGAUAAGUUGUGAACUCCUACGUUUAUUUGUUACAGAGGCUGUGCAACGAGCUGCUAUAAUUGCCGAAGCAGAGGGCACUGAGAAGAUUGAGCCUACUCAUUUGGAGAGGAUAUUACCUCAACUACUUCUUGACUUUUAAGGUACUGCAAGAUAUGGGAGUGAAGCAGGAAUGCAAUUCUUUGAUCCUGAUCUUCAUCAUAUAGUGAAUUUUCAGUUUUCUUUUUACUGUUUUUCAUGAAUUUGUGGAAGUUUGGCAUUUAAUUCAUUUUCCUAUUUGGAACAUGAUUUCUUCUUGAUGAUGAUCAGUGUUUUUGCAAAAUAUUAUAUGGUGCUUAACUGCUCCAAUAUAAGAUGACUGCUUCAAUUGUAGACCAUAUUAUGUGUUUAUUUAUUAGAUGGAUCUCAAGAGCAUGGAAAUGCUACAUGUCGCUGCUUUCAAGUCCCUUGGGAACACAGUUUCAUUGGCUGUAUGCUAAAUGAAUUUGAUCUUGCUUUA